AUGGACCCACUUAGGAGAAUAGCUGUGCAAGAGGAUAUGGUCCAGUACUGUCUCUUCUUGGUUCAGCCUAACCUCUCAGACACACAGGCUGACGAACUACAUCUGCAACAGCUAGUGGAGGAGAUUUUGGCAAAGGUUGCCCCUCUCCUUAUGCAGUAUAUCUGGCAACAGCAGCCAUUCAACCUCAAGUACCACACUGAGAAAGGUAUAGUGCUGGUUCUGACCUGGAUACAAAUGUUCUUUGAGGAUUGAAGUAUUUGUUAUAUGAAUAAUUUUGAUGCUUUGACUGAAUGAAUGGUGAUCAUGUCUUGAUUGUACCUGCAGGGGGAGUUCCUGCACACAUUGGAGGCAGUGCUGUGUUUGGGGACAGCGUGGAGGAUGAGUGGUUCAUCGUAUACCUCCUGUUUCAGAUCACACAAGCCUUCCCAGAACUUGCUGCCAGGUAGAGUGGAGCACACUGUCUGCAAAGUUCUGUAUUACUUCCAGUUAGUUUCAACUGGGGAGUUCCUUCUGAUCGAAGCAGCAGACUAUCUUCCAAAGUGGUUGAACCCAGAGAGCAGUGAAAACAGAGUUAGACAACUACGUGUGAUGUAGCCCAUUUAACGCCUAUUGAUGAUAGUAUCUUCUGUCCGGGGGAGUUUUGUUAAGAGCCCCGACGCUUGUGCUAAAAGUUAACAGGCAUGCAGUACGGUUUUGGAAACAUAAGGAACAUUUCAUAUCAGCGAUAAUUUUCAAAAAACAAAAGGUUACAUUUCUACACCUUUUAUAGGGUUAGGGUUCCCACAUGGCCAUAUUUCCAUGUUACUGCAGUUGUUGACGUAAAACAGAUGGAAGACAGUCGACUACCUGUGCUAAUUAGCUAUCUGAACACCUGUGUGUAAAUGGAAGACGGACGCCAUAAAUGUGUUGUCACUGAAAAAUACUGUCGGCUGCAACUGUGUUAAAACAGUGUACGACAGUGUGUAUUUUGCAUUUGUGAAAUUAUUUUGAUGUGAUAUGAUGGUAGAUGGCUUUAUGUUUGUUACGUCAAAAGACAGGUAUUCAUAUUCAAGGCAUUCACAUUUUCAACUUAUUUCAAAGAUAAAACACCAGCAGGGGGCGAAAAAGUGUAUGCAUUGUGGAACCCAUCAUUAGCUUGUGUUUCCCUGGGAAAAUAUAUACUGGUGCACCUUUGUGAUAGCAGGUGGUGAAAUGUUUGGUGGAAAAGCAUUUCACUGGAAUUCCUUCAUGAAAGAGGAGACUCUCAUUCAUACACAUUCAGCUCAUUUAGGAUUCUGGAGACUCAACCGGUAGGCACAUGGACAUUGUUGUGUAAAAUUGUUGCCAGUUAGGUGUUUAUUUGUGUUGAGAAUUGAGACCAAUUGUCUAAUUUAGUAUAAAUAGUAUAAUUUAGAUAAUAUGACUACAUUGAGAUUAUAUAUUUAAUUUGAAAUGACCUUACUUGAAGUAAUGUAUAUUUCUUUUUGUGUUUUGCCUUUAAAGGUUAUCAACCUGACUGACUGACUGACGGAAGAACUGGAAUUAAAUAAAAGAAGUCAGAAGAAAAUUGAGUUGUCCUUAAUAAGGCCUUUUUCAAGUUUGGGCAAAGAGCUGCAGUGUGAACCAUACACAACUUGACAAUGUUUCUAGAACUGUACCGCAAUUGUCAAUCGAUUCGCGUUUAGAUAGAGUAUUUGGCUGCCAGAGCCAAUUCGCCUCUAAACAGAACAUGUAAGGUCCUUGGACUAUAAGGAGUAACGUUAGGCUCCUUUAGUCCAUUAUUGGGCUAUGUGUGAUGACUACACACUUUAUCACUCUGUCUGUACAUCUCUUCACAUAGCUGAUUAUCCCUUCGUUUGUUGUCUCUGUGGGCCUAUAUCAGUCAGCCCAUCUGUCUCUCUCACUCGAACUGUGUGUCUCUCUCCCCCUGGUUCUGGUCUGCUAGGUGUUCCUCCACAGGGGUGAGCUGUACAUCCUGCCCUGUCCCUCCCGCUGUAGUGGAGAUGGCCUGCCCAGGGACGCAGUGCCCAGUGUGACCCAGGCUCUGGCCCUGCUCUCCUCCCACACACAUGCCUGUCUGGCCAGCCCCAAGAACCGCACUGCUCUGGAGAAAAGACUGGAGGGGUGAGUGACGCAGCAGAAACAAUACUAUGAAGUGUUGAAGGGAUUGUAAGGUAUCUGUUUGAGGGUAGACAUUGAGGGAUUGAUUGGAAACAUCUUGUGUCAAUUAAAUAACAUUUCCUAGGAUUUUCUACCUGUAGCAAACCUAGUGGAUAAUGAUGGAAAUACUGGUAAAAAAAAAAAAGAAAAGACUGGCCCUACUUAUGAUUGCUCAGAAAUACAUACAGUACUUAAGGGUAUAUAGACUUGUUUAGGUCAAGCCACACAUUCAAGCCUACUGUCAUAAUGACCAUGAGUUGGUGUUCUGUGUCUUCACAGAUAUCCAGAGAAGAUCCAGGCAAACCUUCAUCAUGCUCACUGCUUCCUACCCGCGGGCAUCGCUACAGUGUUGGCACAGCGACCAGACCUGGUUGCCCCGGCAGUGUCUUCUUUCUACCUGAGGGAUCCAGUAGAUCUCCAGGCCUGUCGGACAUUCCAGACCUUUCCCCCCCGACACACGAGUCCUAACCUCAGUACACACAAGUUGACUUUCUGACUGGUUGACGCAUGUAUGUAUUGUGUGUUAUGUAGUUUUGUUUCGGUAUGUUAGUGCUGUAUUUACAUGUUGUCUAUAUGUAUUUCCAGGUGACGUUCACCCGUUGCCUGUACGCCCAGAUCCAGCAGCAGCAUUUCACCCCCGACCGGAGGAGUGGGUUCACCCUGCCUGCCCGCUCCCACCCCCUGUACCGUGCCCAAGAGCUGGGCAUGAAACUGGUGUGUUCACCCCCACCCACUUAUAUAUAUUGACAAUGCUCAUAGACUACUUGGGAUAAUUCAUAAUUCUAUAGUUCUGUUGGUUAUACUUGUCUCUGACCCUCCCAGGCCCAUGGCUUUGAGAUCCUGUGCUCCAAGUGCAGACAGCCAUCGUCAGAGCCUGAUGCUCCCAUCAGCUGUAACCCCUUGUGGAAACGACUCCUGAACAGUCUGAAGAAGAAUGGUUAUUUAAAAGUGAGUGAACCAUGCAUUACUCUGCUUAUGCCAGAAAGGAUGCAUGGCUCAAGACAUGCAGUAUCUACUUUGCUUACACAUAUUUGUUUGAUUUAACAUGUAUAAAUAUUUGUAUUUGAUGCAUGAUAGAUAUUAUAUACAAUUGAGCAGACACUGUAGCUCAUUAGUUUUGUACCCAUGUACAGUGAUGGUCAAAAGUUUUGAGAAUUACACAAAUAUUAAUUUUCACAAAGUCUGCUGCCUCAGUUUUUAUGAUGGCAAUUUGCAUAUACUCCAGAAUGUUAUGAAGAGUGAUCAGAUUAAUUGCAAAGUCUCUCUUUGCUAUGAAAAUGAACUUAAUCCCCAAAAAACAUUUCCACUGCAUUUCAGCCCUGCCACAAAAGGACCAGCUGACAUCAUGUCAGUGAUUCUCUCGUUAACACAGGUGAGAGUGUUGACGAGGACAAGGCUGGAGAUCACUCUGCCAUGCUGAUUGAGUUAGAAUAACAGACUGGAAGCUUUUAAAAGGAGGGUGGUGCUUGAAAUCAUUGUUCUUCCUCUGUUAACCAUGGUUACCUGCAAGGAAACACGUGCCGUCAUCAUUGCUUUGCACAAAAAGGGCUUCACAGGCAAGGAUAUUGCUGCUAGUAAGAUUGCACCUAAAUCAACCAUUUAUCGGAUCAUCAAGAACUUAAAGGAGAGAGGUUCAAUUGUUGUGAAAAAGGCUUCAGGGCGCCCAAGAAAGUCCAGCAAGCGCCAGGACCAUCUCCUAAAGUUGAUUCAGCUGCGGGAUCAGGGCACCACCAGUGCAGAGCUUGCUCAGGAAUGGCAGCAGGCAGGGGUGAGUGCAUCUGCAUGCACAGUGUGGCAAAGACUUUUGGAGGAUGGCCUGGUGUCAAGAAGGGCAGCGAGGAAGCCACUUCUCUCCAGGAAAAACAUCAGGGACAGACUGAUAUUCUGCAAAAGGUACAGGGAUUGGACUGCUGAGGACUGGGGUAAAGUCAUUUUCUCUGAUGAAUCCCCUUUCCGAUUGUUUGGGGCAUCUGGAAAAAAAGCUUGUCCGGAGAAGACAAGGUGAGCGCUACCAUCAGUCCUGUGUCAUGCCAACAGUAAAACAUCCUGAGACCAUUCAUGUGUGGGGUUGCUUCUCAGCCAAGGGAGUGGGCUCACUCACAAUUUUGCCUAAGAACACAGCCAUGAAUAAAGAAUAGUACCAACACAUCCUCCAAGAGCAACUUCUCCCAACUAUCCAAGAACAGUUUGGUGACGAACAAUGUCUUUUCCAGCAUGAUGGAGCACCUUGCCAUAAGGCAACAGUGAUAACUAAGUGGCUCGGUGAACAAAACAUCAACAUUUUGGGUCCAUGGCCAGGAAACUCCCCAGACCUGAAUCCCAUUGAGAAAUGGUGGUCAAUCCUCAAGAGGCAGGUGGACAAACAAAAACCCACAAAUUCUGACAAACUCCAAGCAUUGAUUAUGCAAGAAUGGGCUGCCAUCUGUCAGGAUGUGGCCCAGAAGUUAAUUGACAGCAUGCCAGGGCGGAUUGCAGAGGUCUUGAAAAAGAAGGGUCAACACUGCAAAUAUUGACUCUUUGCAUAAACUUAAUGUAAUUGUCAAUAAAAGCCUUUGACACUUAUGGAAUGCUUGAAAUUAUACUUCAGUAUACCAUAGUAACAUCUGACAAAAAUAUCUAAAAACACUGAAGCAGCAAACUUUGAAGACCAAUACUUGUGUCAUUCUCAAAACUUUUGACCACGACUGUACAUCAGAGCACUUUCUGUAGCCUAAUGGUUAUUAGACAGCUUUAAUCUUGACAGCAUGGACAUUUGCUUCUAUUGAUGGUUAACCCAGAGAACUGAUUACUCAUGUUUGAGUAUAAUUGUUCUAUUACUGGUUAGCAACAGAAACAAAAGAUAUGAAAUCUUGCAAAUAAAAGUAAAUAAUUAUUUCAUAAUUGUUCAGUUUGCCAGACUGCUAAUCUCUGUUGCUAGCUAACCAGUAAGAUAUAUAUAUUUUUAAACUCCUGAACAGUAAUAUUUAUUAGAUUACUCAUAACAGCUCUCUAUUUCACGUUUCAAUGAGGAUAGCGGUGUCGGGCUGUUAGCAUUGCAAUUGUCAGUGAUUCAUAAUGUUAUCCCCUUUGGUGACGUAGUGUUAUUGUGGUUGUCUGUGGCAGGGGGAGCUGCAGGGCUCUGCAUACUGCAGAGUACUUCUUCAAGCAGUCAGUCACCCCAACACACAGGUGAGUGCUCUCUGCUUGACUGCAGGAACACUGGUGUCUGUUUGUGUACAUGUGUCCCGUAUGUGUGUGAAUACGCUAUCCUGUGUGUGUUUGUAGCUCCGGUGGCAGGGCCCCAGGUGAGGAGAUCCUUCAGCUGCUACAGAGCUGUGCUCCCUACAAUGUGGAUGAACUGAGGACAUGAGAGGCCCAUCUACCCACAGAGGACAGUGAGUAAAACACAUCCUAUUACUACAGUGCAACAGUCACUCAGUCUACCAGCUCAGGUGUAUUGAGUAAAGUACCUGCAGUUAUGUCACUUACCGCACUGAUAUGUUCACACCACAAAGUAGCAUGCUGGCUUUCAUGUUAGAUAAAACCACACAGUCAUAAGGCCUGCUGAUUUAGAGGAAGGGUUCAGCCUUUACUGAACAUACCCAUAUCGUAAACUGGGUAAGUAAGCAGUUUCCAUAAAGAUAAGCUAGAAUGAGCUUAUCAGGGUUGAUGGAAACACUGAUUUUCUCUCAUCUCGCCCCCAUCUCCAGAGGAGAGUUGGCUGGAUAUUUCAGCCCAGCAGCUGGAGUGUCUGUUGGAGGAAAGGGGGAGGGGAGGAGUGGGUUUGGGCUGCUCAAAGCCCAGCCAGACCAAACCAACGCAUGAGGGAAGGAAGGGGGGGUGGUAGCUACAGCCUGGUGGCUGUGACCCAGGGCAUGAAGAACUUCAUCAACGGAAUGUCUUCACAUGAGGGGGCUGAACUACCCUGGUGAGACUGACUGUCUGUCCACACUGUUCUACUUAGCCCCGUAUGCGGUGUGCUAACUGCUAUGAGAUAAUACUGUGUAGAAUGCUAACGUAUGCUAGCUGGCUGGCUGGCUGGCUGGCUGACUGUAAUGGGUAUCAAUGUAAUUUGCCUUUGUUUAUUUUACAGGUCCCGUUCAAAUUAGCCUUUCGUGUUUGAUCCAGACUCCAUGGCCAGUGCACUGAACAGACUACUGGGUAUGUAGUUGCUAGUAGUAAGUGCUAUAUGAAGGCCAUAUGUCACAGUAGAACUAGCUAGGAGUGGUGGUCAGUGUACUUUUUACCUGUGUGCUAUGUAAAUAUCUCGGGCUAAGGAUGAGGAGUUGGACUCAGACGACCUAGAUGACGUCGAUGAGGGAGGGGAGGGUCCUUCUGGACUGCGAGGGGAUGAAGGGGCAGAUGCUUUGGAAGGUCUUAGGAAGUACAUGGACGAGAUGGACCAUGAGCUCAUGGGCACCAAAAUGGGACAGAGCUUCAACGAGCAGGUAAGAGAUGUGGUUGAUAUUUACAGCUUCUUGUUGCAGUGUGCCAAUUCUGUAAAGAGUUAUUUGGAGAGAGGAAGGAUUAGGGAUGCAUAUGUUGCAUAUCAAUAUGUAAAAUAACAAUUGUAUUCUAUGAUUCCAGCAGGGCACUAAUAAAGCAGGCCCAGCAGCCAACGGCUUCCCCCCAACUCUGACCGCUGACGAUAAACACCUGCCCUCCAAUAAUGACCACUCAUGA